UUGCCCCUGAGCCUGGGGAACUUGCAGCUUAAAGCCAGCCACCCCCACGGCAACAUGUACCCCAGCAACAAGAAGAAAAAGGUGUGGAGAGAGGAGAAAGAACGUUUACUGAAGAUGACCUUAGAGGAGAGACGCAAAGAAUACACAAGGGACUACGUUACCCUGAACACCAUUCCAUCGUGGAAGGAAGAGAUGAAAGACAAGAGCCAAAAUGACGUUGUUGACGAGAAUGAGUGA